AUGCUCUUUUCUACCAUAUCAAUCGCGGCCGCGCUAGUCAGUGUAGCCACUGCAGCAGUAGUCCCGAGGGCGAAUACAUCUAUCGGCAAUAUCCAGUUACCGGCCAAGACUGUUGCCAGUCUGAGCGAGAUAAACACCUUCUUGGAGAACCUUGCACCGCGAAAAAAUGGAGAUCUUGUCGUUUCCAUGCUUCAAAAGAACGCGACCUUGCACUACAUAAAGGAUCCAACAUCUGGUCAUGCGGAACUGACCCCCAUCUAUACAUUCCCCAACGCAAGCGGGAUGUUGGGCAUAGGAGAAGUCAGCAAAGACACGUUCUUGAUCGCCAUGCACGACUUCAAGUCGUUCCUUGUCCCAUAUCCUCACACUGGUGCUGUGUGGGAAGUCAAGUUCAAUGGCGGUGGCCCUAAAGACUUCCGGGUUAGAAAGGUUGCCGACCUACCGGAUGUGAACAUGCUCAACGGAAUGGCCGUGAUUCCUCCCAAAUGCUCCGGUCGUCGGCCCCAGAGACUCGCCUCUGUCCUGAUUGCAGACUGCCUCCAGGGUCAGCUUAUCCGUCUCGAUCCCUCAACAGGAGCAUAUAAAGUUGUUCUUGACAUCCCAGAGUUGCACGCUCCUGACGGCUCGCAAUUCCCUACGGGCGUAAAUGGGCUCAAGAUCCACAGAGAGCAUGUAUACUGGAGCAACACCGCAAAGCUCACGAUAAACCGCAUUGCCAUCGAUAGUGAUGGUUAUCCCGUGCGCAAUGCAACGGUGCAGGUAUUUGACAUCUCGUCCUGGGGAGGUGCCCUCGACGACUUUGUCUUUGAUGAAAAGGACAAUAUCUGGGGCGUCAACAGUCUCACUAACACCAUUUAUGUCUUGUACCACGGCACCAACCCUUCAAGCUUAUAUACUACCUAUCAGUCCGUCGCUGGAGCCCUCGACUCGCUGGAGCUCCCAGGCCCUACGGCAGUCACAUGGGGCGCGGGAAAGCAUGAUAAACACAUUCUUUAUGUCACUACAUCCGGUGGGACCGUCCAACCAGUCAAUGGGCAACAAGAGCCUGCUAAGGUUGUCGCUAUCGACGCUUCCAGCCUUCGGAAGUAG